AUGAUUACGCUUAUACUGGACGCCAACGAACGCGGUAUAACCGGCCGGAAACAAAGACGAACAACGCAGGAGUCGGUAUCUGUAUCGCGGGACGACUGUGAGAUGCACGUCGACGAGUGCGUCGCGUACGCAGAUGACUACGAUAUUGACGUAGACGAUGAUUGCGAUACCCGUUAA